AUGGCGAAUACCUCACUUCCAGAUGGCGAACCGCAAUGGAAUAGUAAACCACAAUUCAAACUGCCAGGAUGGGCAGAACCAGUUAUCGUUGCUAGCAUCUUAUUCGGUUCUAUGAUACUCACGAGAAGACAUGGAUACAGUAUAUUCGAUAGACAGCGAAAUACAUAUGGAUUACUGGAAGAGGAACCGGAUUCCGCACGCUCAUCCGAUGAUUUGUUAACUAGAGAUUAUAUGAUUGGGAAUCGACGGGAUUCAGAUCUGGAUUCGUUGUCGACGACGAAAUUUCCUCCCAAGAAAAGGAGAUGCUGCGGAACGAAUCUUUUAACGCCGAAUACUUCAAGGUUUAAGGAUCAUUAUCACAGUAGGAUAUUACAGAAAUUCCCUUUUCUGAUCGAAAUGUUCUAUUGGAUUAUUACAUAUGCAUUUUAUCGAUGUACGAAGAUCCUGUCGCAAGCAAUGUUUUCUGAAAUGGGCAUUUGGGACGUGGCUCAGGAUCAUGGGUUAGCAAUAUUGGAAUUUGAGGAAUUCUCGUGGAUGAGCUUUUUGUGGCCGGUGAGAGAACAGGAUGUGCAGAAGUGGUUUUUAAAUGGUCAUGGGACGCUUUUGACAAUCUUGAAUCGUUCUUAUGCAUUGAUUCACAUUCCCGGUACUGUUGGAUUCAUCGCUUUUUGGUACUACGUAGCACCAUCGCAUACCACCUUCGCAACAGUCCGCCGAACAAUGACCCUUACCAAUCUUUUCGCCUUCUGCAUCUUCAUCCUCUACCCAUGCAUGCCACCACGUCUUCUUCCUCCUGAAUAUGGAUUCCUCGACAGCGUCGGCCGUAACAACGCACAAUCCGUCUGGAUGCAAGGAAACUACGUUAACUCACUCGCUGCCAUGCCUUCGAUGCAUUUCGGGUAUUCUUUCUGCAUCGGCGUCACCAUGAUCUACCAUUCCGGGGUCUUUCGUCGAAACUUAGAAACUGGCGAAGUUAGGAAGAAUAAAUUCUGGACGCUGUUUUAUAUUUUCCUAGGAGUUUCGUAUCCGCUUUAUAUAUUAAUCACGAUUGUGGCGACGGCAAAUCAUUAUUAUCUCGAUGCAUUCGUGGCGUUUUUCGUGGCCAUUGCGGCAUAUUUGUGUAAUAGAAUAUUCCUCGUCUUGCUACCGGUGGAGGAUCUAUUAUUUUGGUGUUUGAGAUUGGAGAAGCCUAUUCCAACGACGGGGGAUAGAUUUAGGAAGAGAGUUAUUCGUUCUUAG